AUGGGGAUGGGGCGAGGCGCGGUGCCCGCGGGCGCCCUGUGCCUGGGCGCUGCGCUCAGCGGAAUCCUCAGCUUCGGGCUCCUGGCUGUGGCCAUCGGGUCGGACUCUUGGUACCUGCUGCGGGUGGAGCCGGCGCGGGACCCGGAGCUGCUCAGCUCCCACUCCGGGCUCUGGCGGGUCUGCGAAGGCAGGAACGUCUGCAUCCCACUGAUCGACCCAUUUGGGAGCGAAACCCAAGAGGUGCCCGCUUCACUGCAGCAUCUGAUCUGCAUGCACCGGGCCUUCGUGGUCAUGCUGCCACUCAGCCUCGUCCUCCUCGUCUUCGGCUGGAUCUGUGGCGUUGUCAGCUCCUUGGCACAAAGCUGCCAGCUGCUGCUCUUCACAGGCUGCUACUUCCUGCUGGGAGGCCUGCUGACUCUGACCGGGAUCAGCGUCUACAUCAGCUACUCGGGAGCGGCCUUCGCCGAGACCGUCCGCAUGUACAACCAGCAGCACUUUGACCACGUCCGCGUCAGCUUUGGCUGGUCCAUGGCACUGGCCUGGCUCUCCUUCAGCUCUGAGGUACUGGCUGGCUCCCUCCUCCUCCUCGCUGCCCAGCUCCUCAGCCUGCAGCAAGCCACACGCUCUGUGGCCAUCUGAGCCGCAGGGAGAUGGGCAGGGACCCCCCAGCGCUCUGCAGCCUCCUUGGGACUGACCUUUCUGCCAUCCCGUGCCCCACGCACCCAGCUGCAGGCCCCCUGCAUUGCAGCCCCUGCUGCUGGGAGGGAAGUGGGGAGGGGGCAGAGGCUAAAGCCCCACGGCAGCAGGUCCCUCCACCCCCUGGUGCUGCUGGCUGCAGCCUGGAUUCCCUGAGUUUUUGGGGCUGGGCCUGGCGGCUGGCUCCCCUCAAUCCAAUGGACCCUGGCUAUGAUGGAGGCCAGCCUGUUAGAGAGGGCCUGCACCCUCCCCACACAGAGCCAGCCGGCUGCAAGGAGGAGGAUGGGGACAAGGGGGAGCACCGGGCAGAUGGCUGCUGCACCAUGCUCAGACAUGGCUUGUGGAAGACCUGGAGCAGAGCAGGGAAGCCCAUCAGACCGGUGUCAAGCCUGGGGUGAAGGAAGCAGCGCCAAGGGGCAGUCAGCCCCAGCCUGACGCUUUUCUGCUUGCAGCCUGCCACAGCCCCCUGCUGCUACGCUUCAGCUGCCCUCCCACUGCCAGAGCACCUGGCCUCCCGGCUGUCCUGCCUCUGCCCAGCCUCUGUCCCAAUAAAAGCCUCCUCUGAUUC